AUGGAGGUCCCUAUCCUUACAAUUUUGCUUAAAUCAAUCUUUAUUGUUUAUUCAUUCUUGCGAGACCCCUUCCCAACUUAUCGACCAACGAACGACUCUUCUCUAAGGCUCGUGGACGAUAUCAAUGUGCCCAAGGAUGCUCAAUCAGAAUGGACAGACGGUUUCGACAAUGUCACAUCAGGCUUGACCGAUCAAGCUAAAAAGAUGGGUAGUGCUGAUAGCGAUUCCAGGAAGAUUAGCCUGUCGUUCAGGCUCUGCGAUCUUCCCAUCGAACUUGCUCUCAAUAUACUGUGUCUAGCGGGUUCUCAGUCACAAUCCACCUAUCUCUCCCUCCUGCUGACUUGCAGAGCGACAUAUAAACUUGUGCGAGACGAAUGUGUACCUUUCCUUCCCAUCCGUAUCACUCAAAAAAACCAGGUUCCGCUUUUCGUGAUGUGGCUUCAGAAGAAUCCGACUUUGGCGCUUCGAGUAAAGCAUAUAUGGCUUUUGCCCAAUACUUCUGCUCAGUUACUAGGACUAGGUGAUGCUGGUGUAUUGUUCUGCAUCAACUGUUGCCCGAAUCUCAUCUCCCUUGCCUGCGGUGCAAGAGAACUGCGAUCGUGGGAUGCCAUGCACACUUCUCCUGGGCCGCAUCAAGCUCCUUUUCCCUGUGUCUUUCAACAUCGGUUCUUGAAACACCUCACCGUGAUGGAAGAUUGCAUUUGGAGUCUCCCGCAAGGAAGCCAACUUUUGGACCAAAUCGAAACGUUGCACAUUAUUGGGUGCAGGUCUUCGCAAGUCCAGUUCCCUUGCUCUGCACCACUCCAAUCGCGAUAUCCGAAUCUGAUCGAGGCCUCAUUUUCUCUGCCGAACGGUGUAGCACCAAACACAGAGGCCUUUCUUUCGGGUCACUUUAUGCAAUCCCCAAAAAUGAGACAAGUAGUGUUCAUCACGCGCACCAAACCAGGGUCCAGUUCUGUUCUUUCCUCUUCGAUGUUGACUUCUCUUCUUGGACCACGAUGUCUGCUUCUCUACAGGCAAAAGCGGUGGACAGAGAUGAAGAUGUGGAAGGAACGAUCUGUGGACAUGGGAUGUAUCUGGAAAAUGCAGCGUUAUGAUGCGAUGCAACUUCGCUCUUGA